UCAAGUGGUCCGUACCGGAGCAGCACUCUGCAUCAACGCUGCAACUCUGCGGACCACAGAAUGUAAACUACAACUCUUGCUGACUUACUUGAAGACGUUUUCUUAGACUUUGUCAUCCAUGAGAAGCAACGGUUGGACAUUUUCCCUCUCAACGGCAUCCUGUAUAAUAAUAAGACAUCAUGGAGAAUGGAAGCCGUGUAUGUCGGCCCCACCAAAUCAGUGAGUCGUCCAAGGUGUUCUUUUGGGCCGAUCAUGCGGUGGAAUUGUUGCAGGGCCUCAAUGAGCAGCGACAACACAGCCGCUUCUGUGAUGUGGUGCUGGUGGCCGAUGAGCAGAGCUUCCACGCUCACAGAGCCGUGCUGGCCAUCUCCAGCCCUUACUUUCAUGCCAUGUUUACGCUGGGAAUGAGAGAGGAGCGGCAACCAAAGGUGGAGCUGUUGGGUUUGUCCUAUGUUGGUUUGAAGGCAGUAUUGGAUUUCCUGUACAGUGGAGAGCUUCCAUUGGAUGGUGGGAACGUUGAUUCCGUGCUGGAAGCUGCUCACCUCUUGCAGGUGUGGCAGGUGGUGGAUUUCUGCUGCCAAUACCUGGAGCGGGAGGUGAGCGAGGACAACUACUUGUAUCUGCAGGAGCUGGCGCAGCUCUACAGCCUCCAGCGCCUCGACACCUUCGUCGACGACUUCAUCCUCGCACGCUUGGCCAGCCUCUCCAUCACCCCUGACUUUCUUCGUGACAUCCCUUUGCACAAGCUCGUCACGUACCUCUCCAGUAACCAGGUCCAUCACGACGGUGAGCGGGAGCUGUUUGACACGGCUCUCUUUUGGCUGGCUCAAACUCCCGAACGGAAAACCCACGCCCAGCAACUCUUAUCCCGUAUCCGCUUCCCACUGAUGCCAGUCGGGGACCUGGUGAGCCGGGUGCUGCCGGAACUGCGAGCACUUUUACCGGAGGAUGCUCUUUGCCAGGCCAUGGUGGAGGAAGCGUUGGCGUACCACAGGGUCGAGAACCAAAGCAGACAACCUCUUCUGCAAACGGAACAAACCAUACUGAGGGGAGGAGUGGAAGGCCUUCUGCUGACUGGUGGAGAGGUGUCCGAGCGAGGGGAGGAGCUCAGCGCUAAUGUCUGCCGGCUAAACGGGGAAAACUGGGAGAUAGAAACCCAGCUUCCUGCCCAGCAAAGCCACCACUGCCUGGCCGUGCUCGGAGGCUUUAUCUUUGCCGCCGGUGGCAGUUCGUCCAGGGACAACGUUGGAGACGCCGCAUGUAACCGCCUGUACAGAUACGAUCCCCGCCACAACCAGUGGACCAACGGCGCUCCAAUGAAUACCCCCCGCGUGGAUUUCUACCUGGCAGCAGUGGGGGACUGCUUGAUCGCCGUGGGUGGAAGGAACGGCUUGGGAACGUUGUCCUCCGUGGAGCGAUACGACCCCGCGGGAAACUGCUGGUCCUAUGUGGCGGGACUACCAAGGUUGACGUACGGCCACGCCGGCGCCGUCCACCACGGCGUGGUCUACAUCUCCGGCGGACACGAUUAUCAGAUCGGACCAUACCGCAAAGAUGUCUUGUGUUACGAUCCAUCCCGGGAAGUUGACGCGUGGGUGGAAUGCCCGCCCAUGUCUUUGGCUCGGGGCUGGCACGCCAUGGCCUCCCUCAACGACCUCGUCUACGCCAUCGGGGGCAGCGAUGACCACGAGGCUACCGACGAACGCUUUGACAUCCUUCACGCGGAGUCCUACAACCCGCGCAGCCGCCAGUGGACUCAGGUGGCGCCGCUCCUGUCGCCAAAUAGCGAGGCGGGUCUUGCGGUUUGGGCUGGGAGGAUUUACGUACUCGGUGGCUACAGCUGGGAAGCCAUGACCUUUUCCAGGACCACUCAAGUGUACGAUCCUCAUAAAGAUGCGUGGUGCAGAGGGCCCGAUUUACCCAAACGCAUCGCGGGGGCCUCUGCUUGUGUGUGCACCAUUAAGCCCCCGUUGAUAUCGUCGUCUCCAGAAGGAAACCAAUCAUCCAACCAAGCUGAAAGAUCAGCAAGGACUUUGCCCAAAAACAUCAGGACCUGACUUGUGAGUGACAUCUCUUGUAUGACUUCUCCUCGUGUCACAUGACUCGUGCAAGUAAUAUUAUGGAAUUUAAUGCUAUUUAUUUAUUUAUUGUGUAGAAAAAGAAAGAUAAGCAACGUGCCAAAUCAUCCAUUUUCAUAAAUGAUACAAAAGAUGGCGUGGAUUUACUCAUCAAGAUGGAGGGCCCUCCAGCCUCGUUCCAAUCCCCUCAGUGCCGUCAUGUCUUCUUCGCUUAGACAGAAGUCAAAGAUCUGUGCAGAACAACAGCAUGGCAAACUUUCAAUAAGAACGCAUCUAUGCUCAUACAUGUGCCGAUAUUAUCAAAUAUCGAUAUGUGUAACAUGACAUAUCUCCUAUGGUGGAAUGAACACAAAUGUGUUGGAUACCCCAACCUUCCAUAAGUGGGUCAAAAAUGACCCGGUCAGGUUGUUUUCUUGAAAUAUCUUUGUAAUGAAACUUUUUUUAUCAUUUCAUAUUCCAGGUAUUCCUCAAAAAACAUGUUUUUGAUAUUAUGCCAUUCACAUUUUUAACUUACCUUUUAUACAUUUAAAGAAAAUUUAGUUUUUGUGUUACUACCCCAACCUUCCAUAAGUGGGUCAAAAAUGACCCGGUCAGGUUGUUUUCUUGAAAUAUCUUCGUAAUGAAAAAUUGUUAUCAUUUCAUAUUCCAGGUAUUCCUCAAAAAACACAUUUUUGAUAUCAUGCCAUCCACAUUUUUAACUUCCCUUUAUGUAACACACAAUGGAUCCUCCCAUUUUCUAUUGUUGUACGGGGUCAUUUUCUUUUUCAAAGAUGUAAAAAAAAGUGAAAAAUGAAGAUGUUUCUAACAUGAAAUCAUUCUUGUGUGGUCCUAAAUAUAAUACUAAAUAUCAUACAAGUGAUUAUUCCUAACCAAAAUGGCAAAAUUGUCAUAAAAAGGCAUUGAUUCUAGUAUGGGUGAUUUUUGACCCCCUUAUGGAAGAGUGUAGGGUCCAGUCACUCGUGCAUCGAA